UAAUACUGUGUUAUUAUUAUUAAUAUUUCUUUGUCUAAAAAUAGUCUUGGUUUCUAUUUACAGAACUUCUCUUCUUUACCACAGGAGGGUCUCUCUGUGACAAAUGCACGCAUGCACUAAACUGUGCUAGAUGACUCCUAUAUGAAUAUGACAGUAUAAACUUUUUGAUUCAGAGAUUCUUUAUUAUAAAUCGAUUGAUCUUGCAGAUGGGAGUGGGGAAAAAAAAUUGGUGCUGGGCAUGAAGUUAUUUAGUGUACUGACAGGAAAGCUGAAAUAUGGAACGGGCUAAAGUCGAUUUAAGAGCCCAUCACUUUGGUUCUGCACAAUCAGAGGAAUCAGCUUUGUAUUUUGAUCGAGAAUGCUGCCAAAAUCUCAAUCUGCCCUUUUCAAGUCCGGUUCCAUUACAAGCCUUUGCAUCAGGUGGUCAGGUCGACAGCAAUGCUGCUUAUUUUUCAUGGCCUACUUCCAGCCAGGUAACUGAUACUGCAGAAGAUAGGGCAAGUUACUUUGGAAAUCUUCAGAAAGGGGUUUUACCUGAAACUUUUGGACGACCACCAUCAGGGCAGCAAGCUACAAGCUUACUUGAACUGAUGACAAUAAGGGCAUUUCACAGCAAUUUUUUGCGUCGCUUUAGUCUUGGAACUGCAAUUGGCUUCAGGUUCAGGCGUGGUGUGAUGACUGAUACACCAGCUAUACUUGUCUUUGUUGCUCGAAAAAUUCACAGACAAUGGCUUCAUCAUGCUCAAUGUCUACCCGCUGCUCUCGAGGGACCUGGAGGUGUAUGGUGUGAUAUUGAUGUUGUUGAAUUCUCUUAUUAUGGAGCACCUGCAGCCACCCCAAAGGAACAACUCUAUACAGAACUUGUAGACGGCUUGCGUGGAAGUGAUCCAUGCAUUGGUUCUGGUUCCCAGGUUGCAAAUCAAGAAACAUAUGGAACAUUGGGUGCUAUUGUCAAAAGUCGGACAGGAAAUAGGAAGGUUGGUUUCCUAACUAAUCGGCAUGUGGCAGUUGAUCUUGAUUACCCAAGUCAAAAAAUGUUUCAUCCCUUGCCCCCAAAUCUUGGGCCAGGGGUAUAUUUAGGUUCCGUGGAAAGGGCUACAUCAUUUAUAACAGACGAUCUUUGGUACGGAAUUUUUGCUGGAACAAACCCAGAAACAUUUGUUCGAGCAGAUGGGGCUUUCAUCCCUUUUGCAAAAGAUUUUAACAUGGCCAAUGUGACUACACUUGUAAAAGGUCUAGGUGAAAUUGAUGAUGUCAAUAAUAUAGACUUGCAGUCUCCUAUCAAUAGUCUCAUUGGAAGACAAGUGGUGAAAGUUGGAAGGAGCUCUGGCUUGACAACUGGGACCAUAAUGGCCUAUGCCCUAGAGUAUAAUGAUGAGAAAGGGAUUUGUUUCUUCACCGAUUUUCUUGUUGUUGGUGAGAGUCAACAGACAUUUGACCUUGAAGGCGACAGUGGCAGCCUUAUUCUUUUGACAGGUCAAAAUGGGGAGAAACCCCGGCCUGUCGGAAUCAUUUGGGGUGGGACAGCUAAUCGGGGUCGGUUGAUAUUAAAAGUUGGCCAGUCUCCCGAGAAUUGGACCAGUGGAGUUGAUUUAGGGCGCCUUCUUGAUCUCCUUGAACUUGAUCUCAUCACAUCCAAAGAAGGCCUCCAAGUUCAAGAGCAGAGAAAUGCAGAAGGUGGUUCUACUGUUGGAGAGUCGUCACCACUUGAGCGCGUUACUGCAAAAGAUAAAUCCGAAGAAAACUUUAAGCCAGUUGCUUUGAGCAUCCAACAAGUUUCUACUGACAAUUAUUCUCAUCAAGGAGUAAUUCCAAAACUGAGGCAUGAGGACUUUCAUAUUGAUUGCAGCAUUGGGAGAGCUCCAGGUGUAGAGCACCAGUUCAUCCCGAGUUACUCUGGUAAAUCUCCAGUAAAUCAAAACCAUCAAUGUGAGCAGGCUGCAUUGAAAAACCUCUCAUAUUUAAGAAAUGGGCUGGAAGGAGAGGUUUAUGUUUCUUUGCAGUUAGGUGAACCAGAACCAAAGAAAAGAAAGCAUUCUGAUGCUUCAUUGGACAUUGGAAACUCAAAAUAAUAAAUUGCUCCAUUUUUGUUCCUUGGAUUAUCCUUGGGAAAAGUCUCUGUGCAGGCCUCUCCCUACCACAAUACGGCAAGGGUGUUCGGCUGGUACUUCACUGCUAGAACUUUAUUAUCAUUCUUUUACCCAUAUUUUUGUGAAUGUUAUAGUUAUAGGUUAUAAUAUAUGAGUUAAAUAACAUGCAAGGCAAAUGCUGUAAAGGGAAUUAUAAACAUAUUGUGGGUUGUAUAUCAAUAUUAUGCAUGUUAGAAGUCUAGCCCCAGUUAAUAAUGUACAUGAUGAAGCAUAACUCCUAUUCUUUAGUGAAAAAUUGUUCUAGUAAA